AUGACGUUUUAUCCGAAACUGAUACAUAUUAUAAAAAUAUACUUGAUCUAUGGGACGCUAUCAUUCAAAGUGAAAACAAAGGACAAAACCAUGACUAUCCUUCGUCCUAUGUUCGUUUGUGAUCGUUUCAUCCAAGAGUCUCAAAAAGCGCUUUUCUAUAUAUUUCAAUUUAAAGAAGUCCGUAUAAUGCCAAAGAAUUAUCUCCCCGUGUUGACAACUGGAUAUUCAUCUGGAUUAGUGAUUGAUUUUGGUUAUCGAUCGAUUUCAAUUCUCCCAGUUGCCUUUGGAGUGUGUGAUCUGAUGAAUUACGAUGAUCUGAAGUAUGGAAUGGAAGAUUGGAAGAAGGAAGAGAAGGAGGAAGCGAAAGAAUUUUUGAUUUCCGAGCUUUCUCUCGCCAUCGUGAAUGUCCUGAGCUCCCUCGCGGAAGACGUUCGAAUCCACGUUUUCCCGCGGUUAAUUCUAACUGGCGGGGGCGUUUCCAUUCCAAACAUCAAGGAAAGACUGGAGGAUUCGGUGCAGAGAGUGUUAUCGAAGAAUCCGAGUUUUUGGCGGGGAUUCGUGAUUGCGCGUCUUUCGAAGAUUUGCGGAGAACGACUGACGCGAGAUGAGUGGAAUGAAGGGAAGCGAUGGAAGGACCCGAUCGUGCAAUGA